AUGGGGCAGCAUAUGCAUCAGCAUGUGCAUGAUGCUGGGAUUAGGUUCCGCAGCCCGGAAACUCCCGUCUAUGCUGCCCCCGAGGAUGCCGCUUGCUACAUUGCCGCAUAUUUCCAAGCUCUGCAUCCACUCGCACCUUUCCUCGAUCGCAGUAAGUUCGAGCAACAAGCUUUUGGGCCUCGACUGGCGGAGCUACUGGCAGAGAGUGCCCCCUUUAGUGCGUUAUAUCAUACAGUUUUGGCAUCGGGAUGUCAAUACACAGAAGGUGGCUCCUUUAAGCCGGGGCAAGGAAAAGCGUGGAAGUAUUUUCAGGUAGCAUUGGGACUAUUCCCAAGUCUCCUUGGUCCUUCCGAAGGCCUGUUUAAUGUUCAGGCCCUGACAGCUAUGGCGCUGUUUGCAUCCAGUUUCUCUUGUGUGCAAAUAGGAGAGACUUUAAUCUCAGAGGCUGCAAGAAUGGUGCAGGUCCUAGGUUACAACGCAGCCUACAUACCGACAGAGGACGAAAAGCUCUGCCACAGGGUGUUUUGGGUAAUAUAUUGGCAAGAACAAGUGACAUGCUUCUUUCGAGGACGUGCUUCAAUGAUCCCCGAGUACGACAUAGGCUGCCCUGUGCCAGAUGUGCCAGAGUCGGUAAUUGGCCAGCUGGACUGGCUUUUAACCACCGCACGCCUCGGCCGGUUGAUGUCAAGAAUGUAUAAGCGCCUCUUCUCCGUGAGUGCGGUACAGACGCCGAAAGCGGAACGAAUUGCAGCCAUCAAUUCGAUGUCCGCCGAAUUAGAAUCAUGGGCUUGCUCCAUGAGCCCAGAGUUCCGGCCCAGUCAACCCUUCCGGUCUGCGAAUUUCAGCAAUUCAUGUGCACAUGAGAUGGUACUUCAAUUGCGCACCAUUUAUCAUGCCUUGUUGAUGACCCUGUGUCGACUUCGAAUCCAUCUCACCGCCGCUCAACCGGGUGAACCCGACCAGGAAACCAAGCGCCGACUAAUGGAGACAGCACGAGCUGUGAUCUAUGACUGCCGCCACAUUGAUCAUGAAGCGCAUGUGCCUGUGUGGGAGCUCGGCAUUGUCCCCAUCUCCGCGGUCUUCGUCAUCUUCGACUUCGUCAUACACAACCCUUUCCAUGCAGAGACCAACACCAACCUCGCCUAUCUGGACAUAGCAGCCGGGUUCUUCAGCCGGUGGGAUAUCAGCGAUAAGGACACCUUGCCGCCGACGACACCCGCCGAGUUCUCCCACAUUGCGCGUGAGUUCGUGCAGAAUCUACGCGCCAGGUCGCAACAACAGACAGAUGCCUUGGGCAACACCACCAACACCACUCUUGAUCGCCGCAGAUUAGAGCAGAACGUACAAGCGCCGACUUCUCAGCCACCCCGUGAUCCGCAAAGCGCUGCUGAUUCCAGCAAUACAGCUACAUUGCGAUUGAAGAAUGACGAAGCAGCCUCCCUCACUGAACACUUCAACACCUCUGCGACGAACCCAGACUAUCUCUUCUACCCCGAGGAUCCAUUGCAACCGAUCUUGGGCACCUCGAUGUUCCCGACCAUGGACCUGGCGUUCAUGUUCAAUGCUGCUCUGUGGAGUCCGCAAUCUUCAGGACCUUAG